AUGUAUCAUAUGUUCGUUCCUCCCCACUACACACUUAGAAAGGAAAAAAUCGAGGCGGUCUUUGCUAACUCCCUGUCCUGGAUUGCAGCAUAUAACAUCGAAAAACACGCAUGGGUCAAAUUCAAGGAUUACAAUAAAUCUGCUUACGAUCAAGAUGCGUGGAGCAAGCUAGUCAAGGACCAACAGACUAAGGAUUUCAUCCAGUCCACGUUAGAUGCCAUUAAAUGUUCUCCUGGGAGUUCCAAAGUUCGGCAAGGCAUGAAUGUCCUGCUGAAAGGAGCCCCAGGAAUGGGCAGAAAGACGGUUGCUCAUGCGGUCUGCAACAGACUCAAGCGUCCGAUGCUCGUCAUUGGGGCCCAUAAUAUCCCACCCCUUGCCGAUGUAAAACCUUGGGCCGCCAAACUAGCAUCGCUUGCGAUCAAGUGGAAAUCGGUGGUGGUCGUAGACCAUGAAUAUCUAAUUCUUCGUCAGGAAUACCUCAAGUUGGCGAUUCGAGAAUUUAAGUUGCACGAAUGUAUCUGUCUGUGGGCCUCCGUGGUGUCGCCCGCUUUACGUGGCCCGUUCGCAGCCAGUGCAUACCACAGCUAUCUGACCUGCCAUAUCACUAACUUUUCCCUGUUGCAGCUACCGAAUUCCCCGAUCUUGAUCAGCCAGCCCGUCGCUAACGUUGGCUACUAG